GUCCUGCUCAGCCCUCCCUUCGCCUUCACCCACAUCUGUUGAGUUUUGGUCGCAGUCACUUGCAGGUUAUUUGCUCGGCCUGUGCAGCAGCAGCAGCGAUCAUGCUCCGCGCUGUGAUUUCUCGGAGGCUCCCCGCGCUGAGUCGACUGUCGGUCUGUCACUACUCUGCAGCAGCCAUCCCAGCGCCUAGCACCCAGCCCGAGGUCCACUACAACAAGCUGUUUAUCAACAAUAAGUGGCAGGAUGCAGCGAGUGGGAAAACGUUUCCUACUAUAAAUCCAGCGACCGGCGAAGUCAUCUGUCAGGUUGCAGAAGCCGAUCAGGCAGAUGUGGAGAAAGCAGUAAAAGCAGCACGUGAUGCCUUCAGGUUGGGGUCACCAUGGCGACGGAUGGAUGCCUCUCAGCGCGGCUUGUUACUCAACAGAUUGGCUGAUGCCAUAGAGAGAGAUGCUGCCUACCUUGCUGAGCUUGAGACCCUUGACAAUGGAAAGCCAUAUGCUGUUUCCUAUGCAGUGGAUCUGCCCACAGUAGUGAAAUGUCUCCGAUACUAUGCAGGCUGGGCUGACAAAUGGGAGGGAAAGACCAUCCCCAUCGAUGGAGAUUAUUUCUGCUACACCAGACAUGAACCCAUCGGAGUUUGUGGACAGAUCAUACCGUGGAACUUCCCUCUGUUGAUGCAGGCUUGGAAACUUGGCCCCGCCCUUGCAACUGGGAACACUGUGGUGAUGAAAGUUGCAGAGCAGACGCCGCUCACUGCUCUGUAUGUAGCCAGCCUGAUCAAAGAGGUGGGUUUUCCUGAAGGUGUUGUGAAUAUCCUGGCUGGAAUGGGACCAACAGCUGGUGCUGCAAUUGCAAGGCACAUGGAUGUUGACAAGGUGGCUUUUACUGGAUCCACAGAGGUGGGUCAUCUAAUCCAACAGGCUUCAGGGAGCAGCAACCUGAAGAAAGUCACCUUGGAGCUGGGAGGGAAGAGCCCUAAUAUCAUCCUGUCUGAUGCUAACAUGGAAGAUGCUGUGGAGCAGUCCCAUUUCGCUCUAUUUUUCAACCAAGGCCAGUGUUGCUGUGCUGGCUCUCGAACUUACGUCCAGGCUGACAUUUAUGAUGAGUUUGUGGAGCGUAGUGUUGAGCGAGCUAAGAAACGAGUGGUGGGAGACCCUUUCAACUUUAAGACUGAGCAGGGACCUCAGAUAGAUCAGGAGCAGUUCAGCAAGAUUCUGGGCUACAUCAGCAGUGGGAAGAGAGAAGGAGCCAAGCUGAUGUGUGGAGGAGGAGUGGCUGCAGACAAAGGAUAUUUCAUCCAGCCUACAGUGUUUGGAGACGUCCAGGACAACAUGACCAUUGCCAGGGAGGAGAUUUUUGGUCCAGUGAUGCAGAUUUUGAAGUUUAAAACCCUUGAGGAGGUAGUGACAAGAGCCAACGAUACAAAAUAUGGUCUUGCAGCUGCAGUGUUUACUAAAGACAUCGAUAAGGCCAACUACGUGUCUAGUGGACUUCGUGCUGGUACAGUCUGGAUUAAUUGUUAUGAUGUGUUUGGGGCUCAGGCACCAUUUGGAGGCUACAAGGCUUCAGGUAUAGGCAGAGAGCUGGGGCAGUACGGUCUGGACAACUACACUGAAGUUAAAACGGUGACCAUCAAAGUACCCCAGAAAAAUUCUUAGACGUGUGCAGUGAGUCCUGCUGUCGACCGCAAAGAUGCCGAGGACGCGUUAGACUGAAAAACUGCUGCAUUGAGCUGUUCUGAGUAAUUCUUCUGCUUUUUGCUUCACAAGCAGUACAAACCUGUUUAAAGCCAGCUGGAGUCUGCUCUGUGGACCCUGUUUGCAGUGAAAGUCUACCUACUUAAAUCAUGUUGAUUAAACGCAAAGUGAAUGAAAUUGCCAAACUCUCAAUGGAUUGUUUACAAUAUUCAAUCAAUUUUUCAUACACUAGAAUUUCAUCAUAUCGUUUGCUUAUAUAACUGCAAGUAUGACCAUAGAGUAAAGUCCGUGGACGUUUUUACCCUAAGUUUUCAGAAUAAAUUCAUUUGCGGCACUCUGCGUUCUGUCAUUUUAAUCCUCACUAUGUUUAUGUUAAUAUGUACUCAUUACAUGUUUGGGUUGAGAAUGCAAAGUUAGCAUGAUGUAAGGCGCUACAAUAAACACAUUAAAGAAUUAUC